CUAUUUUUAGAGUGACAGGUGUUUUGCGCGUUCGUCACUUUGUAUGUGAUUUUGAUCGACGACUUGACAUUGACAGAAUGUGAUGUAGAAUUUUUGUGAAUGUUCAUUUAGUAUUCCUCAACUUUAAUAACUGUUAUUCAUUUGUGGCAGUAGGAAAGAUUAACACAGAUCAGGAUUGGUUUCAACAGACUGAAGUAUAGGUGUCCAUUAUGGGUGCAGAAGACCAGUAUGACUUUAUAUGGAAAGUGGUUCUGGUGGGGGAUUCUGGUGUAGGGAAAACAAACCUUCUGUCCCGAUUUACGAGGAAUGAGUUCAACGCAGAGAGCAAGACCACCAUCGGAGUUGAGUUUGCCACAAGAAAUGUUCAGAUCCGAGGUAAGACCGUGCGGGCUCAGAUCUGGGAUACGGCAGGACAGGAAAGAUACAGGGCGAUAACUAGUGUAUACUACAGAGGUGCAGUAGGGGCACUUGUCCUCUAUGACAUCACAAAGCCCCAGACGUUUGAAAACCUAGAUAAAUGGAUCAGCGAGCUAAAGGAGCAUGCCGAUCCCUCUGUGUGUAUAAUGAUAGUAGGAAAUAAAACGGACCUGAAGUCACAGAGGAUCGUAUCAACGGAGGAGGGCCGAACACUAGCAGAAAAAUACCACUAUUCUUUCAUAGAAACCUCAGCUUUAGAUGCCUCCAAUGUUGGGGAGGCCUUUAACAAUCUAUUAGUUGACAUAUUCAAGAUACAGACAGAAUCCGAGAAAUCGGACUCUUCAUCGCGGAUCGUACCCCAGGAAAACAAGGGGGGACAGGAUCAGGGGAGUCGCUGUGCGUGUUAGGACUAAGUUAGGAUUCUUGUGGUGCUAACUGAACAACAGACAGACAAACAAACCAAAGGCUUGGUCCAAAGUCAACAAUAAUAACAGAUAAACAGAUGGACCAUAUGAUGGGACCAGAUCAAUGUCAAUUACCAUAUAAGUAGAAAUUUUUAGCGAGGAUUAAAUUUUGGCAUUAUUAGGGAGGUUGCUGAAAUCGCUAAAAUUAGAUAGCGCUGAAAAUAAAUUGUGUUAUAUUUGUAAUAGGUUCUUUAGUGAUCAUUUGAAAAUUGCUAUAAUUAAAUCUUGUUAAAAAUAUCAAUUUUUAAGGACAAAUCAUUUAAUUUGUAUCUCGCUAAAAUUUCCACUUAUACGGUAUAUAAAAUUGUUCAAAUUUUAUCAUGGCUUUGAUGCACAAUGGCAUGAAUUAACAUCAAGCUAAUUUUAUCUUCAGUUCUUCAUAUAUAAUAAUGCAUUGCUUGAUUUUAAUAAGCAUUGCUAUUUAAGUGUUGGUGAUGAGUUGUCUUUUCUCUUUGAUUUGAAUGAGAUAUAUGUAUGUUGUUUUGGAUGGAUUUUACAAGUGAAUUGUCUUUUAAUAGUCUUUCACGGGUUUGUGAUUCAACAUUUACAAGAAAAAAUUCUCCUGAGCUUCCCAAUGUAAACUUUACGUUUCUAAAGAAGCUUUCUCUAUAUUGAUGACAAUAUUUUGUUUUUAAUUAUUUUUUCUAAACUUCAGGUGGUUGUGCUAGUUGGUUGUGAGAGAGUUAGGUCCCUUUAAUACUCUUAAUGUAAUUGAAUGUUCAAAUGACCUCCUUUUUCCUGAAUAAAAUUGACUAAAAUGACAAUUGAAUGGAGUUUAAGUGAGUGUAAACAUUCAGAAAAUAUUGUUUUUGUAAACAUUUUACAGUUUCUUAAACAAAAGAUUGUUAUGAACAAAAAAUUAGCUGUAAGCUAAUUUACAAAUUAAAAAAAAAAAGUAUCAAAUCAAUUUCAGCGUCUCCUGAAUAAUUAUUGUUUUCUAAAUGUAAUUGUUUUUCUUUAUAUGUAUACUGUAUGUCCUAUAUUUGAAUGGUAGAAUAUAUUUCUGUUUACUUAAAUUAAUCAUAGUUCGUUAGCCCUAAUUAGGUUGUUGGAGUUAAUUGGCAAACCUUUUUCUGAAAUAUUAUGCUAGCUGUGAUUUAUUCAGGUUGUGAAGUAUAUGUAAUUAAGCAUGCAACAUAAAUUAUUUUGUUUAUAUGAAUUUAAUGUGAUGACUUAUUUGCUAUAUUUGGAAAAAUAUGAUUUUUUAUAUCAUUGACAAAUUCAACAAAAUUAUUUCAUAUAUAUUAAUUUACAUGAAAUUUAAUAAUUUUUUUAGCAAAAUCUAUUAAAAAUGUGAUACAUACAAAGUCUACUAAAAAUGUGAUUAAUAUUUUAUAAAAAAUAAAAUUACAUAUUUUAGCAUUUGUGUUAGUAUAUCAAACAUUUGGUAGAAUUGUUUCUGAAUAAAAUGUUAAUUAAGCAGGCUUACUAACAAAAUCUAGUCAAAUGGACAUUUAUUGCAUGAAAGUUAUUACAGUAAAACUCUGUUAAAGUGAAGUCCCUAGGACCUGUGAAAUUACUUCGCUAUAUCCAUAAAUUUUUUAUAUAUGUAUAUGGAAUUCGUUAAAUUUAUAUAGUUCGGCAUCCAAGAUAAAUUCGCUAUAUCAGUAAAUUUGCAAUAUCCAUGUUCGUACUAAAUGAGUUUAGCUGUUUCUCCUGGUUCCAAGCUCAGUGAAGACCCCAUGUCAUGAUGUGCUUUUAAUUUUUUUUUUCAAAUUUCUAAGUGAAAAUUAAUUUUGCCAGGCCUGAGAUUUCUUCUUCAGUGAUUUACAAAACAUAUCAAAGGAUUUAUUUUUGAAUAUAUUGACUGGCAUGUAACUUUUUGUGACUUUCUUUUAAUAUUUUUCCUUUACAUCAGUCUUCAAGCAUGUGCUUUGACCAUAGAAUGUUACUUCAAGUUCUGAUUUAAAAAGUGUUUUUUUCAUUAGGGACCAAAAUUUUAGUGAAUGGACUACAGUUAAAAAAUAUUAUUACCCUAUAUACUCACCUAUAAGUCAGAUUUUGGGGAGUUAAACAGUGGUCCAAAACUAUAUGUCCGACUUAAAGGCGAGAUAUAAAAAUAUUGGUAUUUUAGAAGGCUAAUCUUUCUAACACAACUUCAAAAAUACAACCGACUUAUAGGCGGACGGACAUAUAGAUGAGUAUAUACGUUAAUGUUGGGACCAAAGUGUAUAUUUUUUUUGUAUAUAUAGUCGCUUAUUUACAACCAAGGAUUGUAUUUAGCGUUCUUAAAUGAAAUAAAUGUUAUGACUGUAAAAACUUUUGUAACCAUGCAAACAGGUAAAUGAACUUAGUGACAUUGUAUCAUGGAAAGAGAGAGUAUAUGGGUAGCAUUGUGUACCCACAUCAUUUAAAUAUUAUUUUAAAUUGAAUUAUGGGGAUUAUAAAAAAUAAGUUUUUCAUUUAAUACAAUGGGGGAAAAUGCUCAUAACAAGCAAAACAUUCAUACAAAACUAAAGAAUCAGAUAAUUAAACUACUAUUGUCUUCCUUUUUUGGCAAUUUUUUCUGUCGUAUUUAAUCUUUUAUGCUUUGUUUACUUUGAAUCUGUUUUUGACAUAUAGAUAUAUGAUUGUGUAUUUUAUUCUUGAUAUAUGCAGAGUAUGUGUGUGUAUGUUUCGGAGAGUAUUUAUUGUAAAAUUAUAAACAUAUCUAAAUAUUUAAGAUUUCAUGUAAGGGGUUCAUAAAAAAUGGAUAAGACGAAAAAAAUAUUAUACCAAACAAAAUACCCGACCUAAUAGAAAUAUAUUCUUUUAAUAUCUAAUAAAAACGUCUAUUAGCAUUUUUAAAAGGGGAAAACUCAAUUUUCUGGUUUACAUUGGAAAAAUUGUAAAUUGAGGCCAAAAAAAAUUAAUUUCUUGGUUCUCAGACCCUCCCUUAUCUCAUCCAAGGGCGCCUCAUUGACCCUUUUCAUUGCUAAAUCAAUAAAAUAAAAACAACAAAUCACCUCCCUCAUCAUUUUUUGAAGUUUUGUACAUUGUAAAAAGCUGCCUCAUCAUGUUUUGGGGGCAAUAAAAAGUAAAAAAAAAUGCCUCCCUCCCUCAUCAUAUUUCUUGAAAAAAGGCCUGAGAACCAAGGAAUUAAUUUUGCAUGGCCUGAGAUACCCCUUUUCAAAUAUUUCAAUGAAAAUGAUCGAUGCGGCACUUUUUGUGCUGAUGCGGCGGUGCCUAAGAAACUAUUGAUUUUUUUUUUUUUUGGCCUUGUAGAUUAACAUUCUUUUCUCUCCCCCAUAGUUAGAAAUUCAAGAAAGCAAAAAUCUGAAAGUGAUUGUUUCUUUGGGAAUUAUAUUAUCUUUCAAUUUCUAAUCAUAAAAAUAUUCCAGUUUUAAAGACAAGCUUGGAAAUUUUCCUUCAUUUACAGCCUGAUGAUAUUGUCUUUAUAGAGAAAAGGUUUAGGAAUAGAAAAUUAAAUUAUUAUUUACUUUAAAAGAGUUAUUUUUGUGUUCAUAUUUUUUUUUUAUAAUGAACAAAUUUAAUGAUACAGAUUAUUUUUUAAAAAGAAAAUCAUA